AUGACCUGGGUCAUGGCCGGGCUCGAGCUUACCCCUGGAAUAGGCGGUGUCCAGCCCAAGUUGGGCACAUACAAGUACAAUAAGCAACUGCCCCUUACAGUAGGAGACACUCCGAGCGUCGGGGAUUGCGCGACGAUCUCCGGCUUCCGUCAACGAGGGUCAGCGAACGGCCAGCAAGGGUGGCUCGCCCGACCAGAACCAAACCUGGAGGGUAGGGCGCACAGAGAUCCGCGUCCGCCUCAAAAAGCCAAUAAACCACCACAGAUAGGACCGAAAAGGGCUGAUAUUCAGCCAGGGUUGUGCCCCACCAAGGGCAAGAUAAAUUAUUUGACUUCUCCCUAUCAAUAA